AUGACUAUUUUUCAGAGCAAACUAUUGGAUCACUUGGAAAAACAAGAAUUAACUGACGCGGAUGAACUUUUUUUGAAAUCUUUACUUCCUCAAGUAAAACAAUUAAGUGAUGGUAAAAAAUUAGAAUUUAAAAUGUACGUACUUAAAUUUUUUCAAAAUGAAUCUUAUCCACAAAAUAAUAAUUAUUCCUAUCAAACUCCAGUAUUUAAUCCUCAGAAUAAUGCUCCAUAUUUUUAUUCCGGGUAUCCUGCACCAAUUCCAAAUCAAUGUCCUCAACUACCUUCUUCUGAAAACAUAUCUGCACCUUAUCAACCAAAGCAACAACAUUUUCCUCCGCAUAAUCCCCAAGAUGGCAACCAUCAUCAAAUGUAA